AUGAAAACAAGGCCAAGCCUCUUGCGAGUCCCUUUCCUUGUGUUGCCCUGCAUUCUACUACAGAUCCUUCUUGUUCAAGCUCAGGACGAUUGUCCCAAUUUCAGCAAACCUUCCAUCAAUGGAACACAACGGGAAUACAUCUUCGGAGGACAUUACUGGCAUUCCCUUGUAGCAGACUAUCUCACUGAUGUGGUGGGACAACAGUUCGAUCCUUCGAUUACAUUCAAGUAUAAUUCAUCCAAGUAUUGGCUAAAAGCUGCAACAGCCAAGGAUGCUCUGGCGGAAGGAUACGACUUCAUUAGCAGCAAUUCCUACCGGGGCUCAUGUUAUGAAUCCGAAGGUCACGCAAUUGCUCUGGCGACAGAGCGUCGAGUAGAUCAAGACCCAGAGACAGGGGAGCUUUACAAUGUCACGCAAUUUGGAGCUGUAUUGUACACAUUGAGCAACCAAACCGAUAUUCUGACGGUUGAAGAUGUGAGAGGGAAAAAGUUGGGCACAAAUAGAUACUCAAAUUUGGCCACGAAUCUUUGCUAUGAUGUGUUGCUUCGAAAUGGGGUUCAUAACCUUCAAGAUCCGGAACAAAUAGUGUACUUCCAAAAUUCCAACCUUGCGCUUGAGGCAGUUCUUGACGGGAAAGUUGAUGUCGGGUGCGCGGCUGUUGGUACAUUGGAGCUCUACAAAGAUCCUGAUACUGACGAGCGACUGAAUUUGUCUCGGGUACGAAUUCUGGGAGAACAACAGCACGUUAGCAAUGGUGUCCCAUAUCCGUUCAAAAUAUCUUCGGCUCUAGUACCAACACCUCAAAUUCAGGCGUUGCCCCACGUGGAACCCAUUGUCAUGGAAAAGGUACAAGCAGCACUCUUCGCCAUGGGGGAUCACGCGGAUGCUGCACCGGCAUUGCUGGCAUGUCUCGAGGAGCGUGGGUGUUUGUCAAACAACACAGUUUGCGCUGACGAUUGCUUCCAAACCCUUUCGAAAGGAACGAUAAAGCGUUGCGAUACGACUGCUGAGCUGGCCUUGAAGGCAUAUACCGCUAUUGGAACCCAAAUAUUGGGAUACACAAAGCCUCAGCAGAACCUUGACAUGCUAUUUAUGCAAGAGUCCACUGGAUUUCUAGUCAGGGAUCCGAGUCCCAGAUGCGUGCGUUUCCAGAAUAUAGUAGAAGCAGUGACAUGCCCGCCUGGUCACUUUGCUCGCUCCAGCGAAGAUAUUAUCAAGCAAUGUAAUGUUUCGGGUCUCGAAUGCUAUGGAUGGGACUGCUUGUGCAGUCCUUGCGUGGAAGCCUUUGAGGUCGACUUCGUCGCCACCACGACGCAGUACGAAGAAAUAAUUCAAAGAGGCAUCACAGGAACUGGAUGCUCCAAGUUCUCCUUGUGCGGGGCUGUCGAACAGGGGAGCUCUAUUUCCUUUUUGGCAGCGGACAACAAGAAACGACACAACAUUACCAUGAGGGGCGCUUUUCUGUUGAGUGACGACAGUAGAGAUGACUUUGUUUUGGACUUUAUUAAUGGGACAUUUCACUAUGACUUCGACGUUUCGAGGACCAGAGUGGGUCAUAAGGUUGUCAUAAUCGAAGUUUGCGAAGACGAUGGAACAUGCCGAGAGAUCCCAGAGAGUCCUUUUCGAAUCAAUGUGAUGCAACACGACUGUCCUGCACAGCGAUUCGGCACUGGAAGGAAGGCCGACGAGUGGGGAGUCUGUGUUUGCAAGAGUAGCAUGAUCGACAUUGGCGGAACUUGUUCAUCGGUUAUUAAUAUCGUCAUGGUCACUAUUGCUGUGGUGAUCUUUUUGACUUUGAUCACUGUCAUGGUGUAUGUUCGGAAGGUGAAAGACGAGACACAAAACGAUAUGCUUUGGACGGUUAAACAUGACGAGUUAAAGUUUUGCACACCCACAAAAGUGGUUGGGCGCGGAACCUUUGGCCUUGUAUUGUUGGCAGAAUAUCGCGGAACGCAGGUAGCUGUAAAGCGUGUGAUCCCAGCGAAAAACAGAGCUGCUGCCUUUGAAUCGUCGUUUCGUCAGUUUCAUCCACAAGAUAGCACAGAGCAAACCGGGAAGGACUCAUCAGAACAUACCCCUUCGAACAAUCCUGGCCUUCGAUCCGGAUUCAGUAAACGAGUCAGACCUGACAAAGACGUGGAGAUGGGUGCCAAAGCAUCUUGGGAAAAGCUCCGAUCGAAUUUCGUCGAAGAAAUGAGAACAUUGUCAAAGCUACGGCAUCCGUGUAUCUGCACGGUGAUGGGUGCUGUUAUUGACAGCAAGGAGGAGCCAAUGCUUGUAAUGGAGUACAUGGACUAUGGAUCGCUUCAUGACCUGCUACAAAAUGACACCAUGGCCAUCAAUGGAGAAAUUGUCCUUCCGAUUUUACGUGACAUUUCUCAAGGAGUCCGAUUCCUACAUUCUGCUGACCCACAAGUGGUUCAUGGAGAUUUGAAGGCAGCCAAUAUUCUUGUGGACAGUCACUUUCGAGCCAAAGUGGCAGACUUUGGGCUUUCUCAAAAGAAGCAACUACGAGGCACCGGUACUCCGUACUGGAUGGCUCCAGAGCUUCUACGGAAUGAAUCUGCUCAAACCGCCGCCAGUGAUGUAUUCUCGUUCGGAGUCAUUUUGGUUGAAGUCUGCAGCCGGAAAGAUCCUUACGAAGGAGAAGACCCCAAUACUGUGUUAAGAGAGAUUGCUGACAAGUCUAUUCAGAAGCGACCGACUGUUCCAGCAAGCUGCCCCUCUCAAAUCAAAUCAAUGAUAGCGGACUGUUUGGUGGAUGAGGCAGACAGCCGGCCAACUUUUGAAGAAAUCGAUACUCGAUUGAAGCGUAUUGACCCGGCUGCAGCUGAUACAUCGACCUUGGCGAACAGCAAAACCACCAAACGAGUGGACAGUGGUGUUGGAUUCCAUGAUAGUUUCCCUAGCCACAUUGCGGAAGCCUUACAAGACGGAAGAAAGACUGAACCGGAGCAUCGGGACUGUGUAACAAUUUUCUUCUCCGAUAUCGUUGACUUUGACAAAAUUGCGUCCGAGUUCGCUUCUCAUAAAGUUGUCGAUUUGUUGGAUCGCCUGCAUAGCAAGCUUGAUGCUCUCGCCAAAGAUCACGAUGUUUUCGAGGUAGAAACCAUUGGUGACACAUUCAUGGCGGUGACAAAUUUGGUCAAGGACCAGCACACUUUCCAUGCGAAGCGGAUAGCUGAUUUUAGCAUCGCUGCCAUUGCAGCUGCCAAGACAACCUUGAUUGAUAAAGAUGACGAACGAAAGGGGUUUGUAAGCAUUCGAUGCGGCUUUCAUUCUGGUCCGGUGGUAGCGGAUGUUGUGGGUAUUAAGUCCCCUCGGUAUUGCCUUCUGGGAGACACUGUGAACAUGGCAAGAAUGAUGGAGAGCAAGUCUUUGGCGAAUAGGAUCCAAUGCUCAGUGGCCUCUGUCAAGUUAUUGAAGCAGCAGUAUCCAAGUUUGAAGCUAUUGUCGAGAGGUAUGAUUCCCAUCAAGGGAAAGGGCGUCAUGGAUACAUACUGGGUGGGUGAAAGCAAUGGACCUUGCACUCCGUUCACCGUGAAGAGACAAGAGUCAGAUGACGUAUGGAGCGCCGACGCUUUCUCGUCCAUUGAGUCAGUCUAG